AUCAUCGAUUCAAAUUUUUUAAGCCCUUUUACAAGAUAAUAAAUAAAAUGCACUUCAAAUACGACAACAAAAAACUCUCAAAAAUAACCGAAAUUCUUGUAUUCCCUCGAUUCGUUGAACAUUUUCUUUAACAUUUUUGGCUCUAUUCGUUUCCGCUGUUAAUUCGUCGCCGCCAUACUCAGCAGACGGCGCUGAAGAGUGCCAGUAACAGCAGAGAAUAGCAAGAAAAAUUCUCUGGUACGGCAGAGUAAUGCCAGCAACAGAAAAGCGUGCUUCGGUGUCUGCGGAAACGUGUUCAUUUGAUUAAAGUUUUUCUGCUUACUUAUAAAAAUUAAUAAUUCAUGUGAACAAAUUGAAAGUUUAUAAACACAAAUAGUAAUUUAGAAAAGUGCAAGUAACGCGGGUUUUGAAAUAAACCUCUACCACGCUUCCACCUGCAAUUGUUGCCGCCUGCAGAGCUCUCAUCAACCCGUAGGUAAUGACUAGCAGUACGAGUCCCAGAAUUGUGAUUAUCGGCGCAGGUGUUUCUGGAAUUUCCUGUGCUGUUCGACUACUGGACUUCGGUUUUCAAAAUGUGCUGCUACUAGAAGCUGAACCGCGCAUUGGCGGGCGGGUGCACACCAUACCGUUUGGCGAAAACGUCAUUGAUUUGGGAGCGCAAUGGUGUCAUGGCGAAAAGGAUAAUAUUAUCUACGAGUUGGCAAAUAAACAUAAGCUACUGGAAUCGACGGGGGAUGUUUAUGAAAAUUAUAAGUGCAUCCGCUCAAAUCGAGAGGUAGUUUGUGAAAGUAUUAGUCAGCGGCUGAAAGAUAUCGUCAACGAUAGUUUAGUGACACGACAAAUGGAAUUACGGAACUGUAAUGGUUCAUUGGGCAGCUACUUAACUAAUAAAUUCUAUGAGGCUUUACGUAGACCAGAAAACUCUGAUAUCGACAUGGCGAUAGCGAAAGAGUUCUUUGAGAAUUAUCAAAAAUUCGAAAACUCAGUGGAGGCCUCAGAUUCGUUAGAUGAGGUGUCGGGUCGUGGCUAUUUGGAAUACUGGGAAUGCGAAGGCGAUAUUUUACUAAAUUGGAAGGAUAAAGGAUUCAUUGAAUUUCUACGUUUGAUAACAAAAGCGCGCGAGUUGGGUAAUGAGUUGGGCGUGCUGGAAAAACGCGUGCUGCUGGGGCGAAGCGUAACGCAAAUACGCUGGAAUCGCAAUGAUUGCUGUGUGGACAUUAAGUGCAAUAAUGGCGAAGUGAUUAUUGCCGAUCAUGUCAUACUCACCGUGUCGCUGGGUGUGCUCAAGGAACAGCACACAACACUGUUCGAACCAAAGUUACCAGUGGAGAAGCAACGUGCCAUCGACGGUCUGGCCUUUGGCACUGUGAAUAAGAUUUUUAUGGAAUUUCCCGAGAAAUUUUGGCCUAAUGACUGGACUGGUUUCACGCUGUUGUGGCGCGAGGAGGAUAUCAAUGAAAUACGCGGCACUUCACGCGCUUGGCUUGAGGACGUAUUCGGUUUCUAUUGCGUUAGCUAUCAGCCAAAGAUACUAAGCGGCUGGAUAAUCGGCGCCAAUGGACGUCAUAUGGAGACUUUACCGGAGGAUGAGGUGCUUUCGGGUUGCAUGUAUUUAUUUCGUAAGUUCCUAGAAUGGGACAUACCCAAUCCGAGUAACUUCAAGACAUCAGCCUGGCAUACGAAUGCCAACUUCCGUGGCUCUUACUCAUUUCGCUCCAUGUACACCGAAGAGGUGGGCACAAGCGCACGCGAAUUAGCGCAACCGCUCACCGUCGUUACGAGCCCGCCGCUAAGUAAUGGCGGUGAGUCGAACGCGAAUCCACUCUAUCCACAAACACGUUGUGAUAAACCGAUCGUACAAUUUGCCGGUGAAGCGACCAGCGAUCACUACUAUUCCACGGUACAUGGCGCAGUGGAGGCGGGCUGGCGUGAAGCGAAGCGUUUGGCGGAUUUCUACGGCAUGCCGCGAAAUGGCACAAAAGAGCCGAAAACGAAGGCACAAUUAUAACAGUUUUAGGACUUUGAACGCCAGCUAAGAGUGAUUUGAGAAGGAGUAUGUACGAAAGUACCCACAACUCAUAAAUGACUCUCUGCAGUUCUGUAGGCUUUCAAAGUCCUGAAUAUGCAAAUUGAAAAAUAUAAAUCUAUAAAGUUUUCCGAUGUAUAUCCCCCGCUUAAAAUAUUUAAAUAAGUAAUUGCUAUUUACUAAAGACAUGCUUGCAUUAGGCGGUAAUUUUGAAACACAAUUAAGCUUCCGAUAUAUUAUAAAUAAUUUAAAUUAAACACUAAUUACUGAUCUUUCAAAGACUCGCUAACUUCCAGAGUGUCAUUACAAUAUUUAAAGUAACACAAUAUGGAGUCCAUAACUACAUGUGAGGUCUUGAGAGCUAGGUUAGCCUAACUGACAUAAAAAAAAGUUACAGCAUAAAUUGCAUUACUAGAAUCGUAAGGGUAACAGCUCGAGGCACGUUCUUUCCUUUUGCUUUUACUAUCUUUGCAAGCAUCACAUAGGUGCAACGAACUUCUCAGUAAAAGAACAGAUGUAUUUUUCAUAGAUCCUGCUUUCACAUAUGUAUUAAAAAAAAAAUUGUUAGUAGAUAUGCUCCUCUGGCUCUUAUGGUCUCAUAUAAACUUGCUCAAAAUAUUAACAAGAAAAAAACUACCAUACUAUUUCGAAAUAUGUAAUACAAAAAUUUUGCGCCAAUUGAUAUAUGUACAUUAGACCGAACCACCUUAUCAGUAAACAAAACAAAAUUUCGCCGUACACUCCUGAGUCUAUAGUACACAUUUAGGCAAGAUAACGUCGAACAAAACUCGUUAUUUUUUAGGCCGAAUCUUGGGUUACACCUACAUACACUUGGCAAUUUUUUAAUUUAAAGUUCUACUGGAAAAAUUAAAGUACUUCCUUUGCAAAAGUUUAAUGAUUUUUGAAUAGUUUUAAUUUUCUGACACUGGGGGUUCUACGUUAGGGUGGUAGGAACUGAGAUGGGGUGGGUAAGUACUAGCACUGGAUACUUGAGGUCAACUCUGGAACAAAAAUUGUAUCCCAGGGAGAAAAGCAUCGACAUACAUACAUAUGAACCAUACUUCAAGAUCUAACUGUAAAUGCCGUAG